UUGUGAUAAAAUCAUCACCCCAGAAAAGCUCAGAUGCGGCACAGCGCAUCAAGCACGGGACAGGGCCAACCUCUCAGAUGCUAGUAACGCCACAGAACAUGAAACGACUAGGAUGAACAAAGCCUUGAACUGCAUGCGGCGUGGCUAUGGACACUGCACCUCGCUGCCCUCGCCCAGAGAAUGGGCACCGAUAUGACCAUCCCCGGAUGCCCUGCCUACACCUGUAUCUCUCGUCUUUCCUGUUCUGAUUCUGUGCUUACACAAACUUGUUACACACAAUUGCGACAAUGGAUCCAGCGACGGCAACUACACAUGAUGCUCCACCAGCAAGUCUGGUGCCGGAGAAGCUUCAUGUAAAGCAUGCUCAAGAAGAAACCGCCGAGUCAUCCACCCCAUCACAAGCCGCAGAGCCCACCAAACCAGCAGAUCCUGUUGAACAUGUAGCUCCGAGCAUACCCGUCGCACCCAAGGAACCCGAAAUCACAUUGGAAGCCGUACCACAGCCUGAAGGUCUAUCGCGGGAUAUGAGCACUCUGUCACAUAACCCGAGUAUCCUCUCGAAUAAUGCCAACAACCUCACCUACUCAAAUCGUGAAAGCGAAGGACUUGAGGUGUUUGCUCCAUACUCCACAAGUCCGGAGGUCGUCUACCCAGCUUACACAGAUCAACCCAUCGACCGCAACAGCCUGGUUCCCCCAGGUCAUUAUCGGAACAGCGUUGCACCGGCAUACUCAGCGAAUGAAUACUCCGGUGACAACUACGCUGAUAAGAAGUCACGUUUUUCGGCGAGCGGGUAUCAGGUCCCGCCUGAGCAGAAUGACCACAGAGAUUCUGCGAUCCAGAACAACUUCCUCGAGAAACAAUCAUCACCGGCCGCGCCGCCCAAGAAGCGGUAUCUGGGCAUGUCGCUCGCAAUGCUCUUGGGUGUCAUCGCCUUGAUAAUUGUUGUGUUGACUGCGCUCGGAGUCGGAUUAGGAGUUGGUCUCAAGAAGAAACCUGCGCCUUCAUUGUGAGUGCGAUCCACUUGUGAGCUUCAAUUAAGGAACUCAGCUGAUGAAACCCCUUCCAGAGCUACACAAGGUAUGCCUAGCACAUUCAGCGCGAUGGCUGGUGGAGGCCUGGCGACCGCCGUCAUGUCAGACGAUGCACGCACACAGGUGAUGUAUUUCCAGAUGGCGAAUGGUUCUGUCGUG